AUGACCCGAGUUGUUCCUCAAACUUUAACUCCAGAUAACGCCGUAGACGAUUCGAUGGUGGUUCACGUGGCACCUCAGCAACAACACCGAAUGAAUGAAUAUAGAGAUGAUGCCAGUGCAGCGGAAAGAUCAUGUACAGCCUCCUCGAUCGUAUCCUCACCUGAUAGCCUCUCUCCAUUCUCCUUUUUAAAAUCCAUCAAGUUCUGUCUCAUGAUGCUCAUCUCCUCUCUCAUAGUGCUUACUGUUGUAUUGUUAUCUGCAACAUGGCUAUCAGCUUUUGGACCUUCAUUGGUGAGCCUGGGACAUGCUGACAGAGACCAUGAAGCGAACAAGAUUAUUGAGUUUGUAAAACAAACCAUGGGACAGAUUGCUCUCUCCUCUCGAGAUAUUCAGCAGCAAUUAAUCGGGGAUCAUUUUGAUCCGUACUCGGGAGAAAUUGUAGAGAAGAAAAUGUACAGUGCUUACAAGUCUGCUCAAAAGAAUCAUGGAGGAGUUGUUAUUUCAAGCUAUAUUGGAGAUGUUGAAAAUUAUUGCUUUGGGAUUAUCACGUGGACAAACAGUGCUGCUUUAUUCAACAUCACAAGACAAAACCAAAAAAUUUACUAUUGUGAAUCUCCUCUGUCAACAAACAUCGAAUGUAAGCGGAAACAAAACCCAGACGAAGUUGCUGGUUUCUUCGAUUUGAGCAACUUGAUCGAACUUUGUAACAAGUACCCUGGACAGCAAGCGUUUUCAAACAGUUACGCAGACCCGGCCAUGGGCAUGUACACUUUUGUUUCUCUUGUCAACUGUGUUCCAAAGACGAAUAAUUCUUUAUCAGCAAAUUUUACCUACUAUUAUGGAAAUGAUUUGACCACAGGGUCUAUUUCAGAGUUUUUGAAAAGGAGUGCAGCCUCAGUGCAAGGUCAAGCCCGCAGUUUUAUCAUAGAAACAUCAACCGAUUUGUUGAUUGCACUCGAUAGGUAUGACAACAUUAAGAUAACAGAAUGGAGCCCAAAGGAUGGCAGUUUAAUUCGAAAAACAUUUAACGAUGUUGACGACUCUGAUAUAGUCUACUUUUCAAAAACUGCGCUUUCCUCUCUAAACCUUAACAGUUUCUCUCAAAUUACUUGUAACACUUUGACAGUGGCUCAAGACUCACAAUUCUACAUUGUGAUUUACCGCCUUUGUAGCGAUACACACCUUGACUGGGUAAUUGUUUUAACUGUGCCUCAAUGGGUAUACAUGAAGCCUAUUGCCAUAGCUGUUAUUGUUGCUGUGGGAGUGUCUAUUAUUAUUAUUGUACUUGGAGUCAUUUUGGCAGUGUUUUUCUCGCUGAAAGUCUCGGCUCCAAUUUACAACUUAAUUGAAUUGUUUGAAAGAGUUUCAGACAUGCAACUGGAUGACUUGGAAGUUUCAAAAAGUAUCUUUUUUGAAAUACAUGCACUUCAAAAGCAAUUUUCGUUACUAAUCAAACGAAUGAAACUAUACCGUAGUUUUAUUCCAUCACAUUUAUUGGCUGAUGUCGAAAAGAGCUUACAAGAUGAUGUAGAAGGUCCUCCUGUAGCAUCACAGCCGUCUCAAAGCAAUCUAGUGGAGAAACAAUCGUCAACUCGUUUGUUUUCGGUAGUUAGAAGUGCUUCAACAGGAAAACCACACUCUUUCGGUAAGAAAAAUAGUUCUAGAAAGAAGAUUCAAAACACAAAAGAGGGAAACCACAAAUUCUCAUUGUACUUGGAAACCAAGUAUGUCACGUUGGUUAUGCUAUUAUUGGAUGGAUUAAAUGAAUGGCUUCACACCAGUACCCCUCAUGAAACUGUAUCUUUAUUGAGUGAUAUUUUCGACCAAAUCAACAGUGUUAGCAGAGCAUCUGGAGCCAAUCAGAUUUCUUCCUUAGAAAACGAGUCCCUUUUACUUGCUUUUAAUGCAACCUCCAGUCAACCCAGCCACGAACAGAAAGCAGCCUCCUUUUCUCAUACACUGCUGGAAAAAUUAAUGAAUCUAAAAACAUCAAAGUGGAGGUCAAAAGAAUACGUGCAGAGAAGACCAGAACUGGUGACGAUGAUGAAUUUUCGAUUUGCAAUUCACUCUACUGAAUGCUGGCUUGGAAACAUUGGAACAGCCAAGACCAAGGUAUUCACUUUGCUUUGCAGCGGAAAGACCAAUCUAAGCAUCAUGGGUGAGGUUUCGAAAAAGAUGGAUAUCCCAAUCGUUUGCUCUGAAAAUGUGAACCGAGCUUGUUUGAAACUGUACAAAUCAAGAUAUGUGGACACUAAGAAUUUUAUUGAGGAUACAGAUAUUAGGCAGUAUAGACCAAAAACUUUUGGAGCUAGUUAUCAACAAAUGGAAGAAUCAUUCUGUCCAGAACAGCCUACUCACUUGUUUCAACUUGGACUUUCUCUACAAACCUCUGAUGAUGAGUGGAUGUAUGAAAUGGCCGAAAAUGAGAAAAAGGAAGAAUGGAACUUGUACAAUAAGGCAUGCAACUUUUUCAUGGAAAACAACGUAUCUCAAGCCCUGCCUCUUUUCGAAGAAUAUUUGAGAAGCAAUCCAAACGAUAGACCUACCAAGAAUUUAAUUCAACUCUGUAAGAGAGGAAUCCAAGACGUGAUAAUGGAAUGA